AUGAACGUACUCCCCACCGAAGAAGAACUAAUGGUGAAAAACGCCGCCCGCGAGUUUCUGGACGGAGAAUGCCCGCCCAGCCUCGCUCGCGCGGUGGAGCAGGAUGAGCGCGGUUACUCGGUUGAGCUAUGGGAGAAGAUGGCCGCUCUCGGUUGGUUCGGCAUCUCCCUUCCCGAAGCCUACGGGGGAGGCGGCCUUCCGGUAACGUACCUGGGGCUCAUCAUAGAAGAGUGCGGCCGGGCCAAUGCUCCGGUACCCAUGCAUUCCACUUCCACCGCUGCGCUGGCGGUGGCCAAAUUCGGCUCCCCACAACAACAGGAAUCGUUCCUGCCUCGGGUGGCGCGCGGCGAAUUGAUAAUGACCUGGGCUGUCCAGGAACAGGACCCACGCCUUCGUGCCGAUGCCAUGCAAUGCCGUGGCGAGGUGGACGGCGACAGUCUGGUGAUCAAUGGAAUAAAGCACUUCGUUGACAACUUUUCAGCGGCAGAACUGAUGGUCGUCGCAGUUCGCACUGCGCCUGCCAGUGAUACCAACGCCGGGAUAACACUUGCCAUCGUGCCCAUGACGCGCCAGGCAUUCAGGAACACGGCUACCACACUGGCCAAAGGACUCUCAAAGCAAACUUGA